UUUUGACAGUCGCGAUAUCUCCGACGAUCGACGGAACAACUCUCAUAAUGUCCACAAAUAACCGAGAUGAACGUGCAGACACAUAGUUAAAGAAGAAUACAGAGAGAGAGAGAGACCAAUAUCACGGAGACUAAAAAUACAUUAAGAAAUCUUGAAACACAGGACUAUUUCAAAAGAGGUUAAGGUCAAAAUGAGGCAACAUCUACAGAAAUAGAAAUCAGUGUGAUCUAGUACGUUAGCCAGCAGUGACACCGAAUAGGGACAUUUCCAUUACAUUAUCACAGCAAAUUAAGAUCAACCUAAAGAAGCAAUUUCUUAUCAAUAAACAAAAGGUCAUCCGCCCCUUUGAUAUUUUUUUCUUGCCGUUACUUAAGGCACGGCGUACAUGAUUGUGUUCUCAUCUAAGCACAAAGUGGAUGAGGUUAUGAAAUCAAAUCAUCAUUAAAUAGCAAUCAGAGUCCAAGUGUGAAAUCUCAAACAAGGUGACAUUGAACUUCAUCAGCAGAAAUUCCAACCAAUCAGAGUAAUUCCUGGGCCUCGUAAGUGACUUCGAAAAAAAGGAAAAUCAAGGCCAAUAAAACCUGACAACAAAUGAGAAAGGUAAUUCAGCAACUGUCUUCCUGGAAGUAGGGUUUAGGCUGCGUAGUAGCGUCAAGUGGAUGUAAAUGACAGAUGAUCUUUGGUCCAACCUUAUAAAAGGAAGGACAGUUCUGCUGUUAAUUCAAAAGACACACAAUGAGUAACAACAGCACAGAGGGUGUAGGACAAAAAGAAUACACACUGUUAUGGCAGAUUUACCUUGCCGCAGAACUGCUAAUUGCCGUGGUGGCAAUUUUUGGCAACUCUCUGGUGAUCUAUGUAGUUUUGAAAAACAGACGUUUGAGAACUGUCACUAACUAUUUCAUUACAAAUCUAGCCCUGGCAGACUUGCUAGUAGGACUAAUCGGGAUUCCUUUUGCAAUCCUGUCUGACAACAACCUCCCAAGAGACUUUUAUGGCUGUCUGCUUGUUAAUUCGAUGCUCGUGGUUCUCACGCAAAGUUCCAUCUUCAGCCUGCUCGCUAUAGCCUUGGAAAGGUUUGCGGCCAUCAAGAGCCCUUUCAAAUACCAAGCUUUGUGGACUAAAAAGCUGGCCAUGAUCCUGAAUGCGUUAACGUGGAUAUUUUCAAUACUUAUUGGACUAGUGCCAGUGUUUGGCUGGAACCUGGGCCAGCCAGAUAAAGAUGGUUGCAGAUUCACAGAAGUGAUCGACAUGAAAUACAUGGUCUAUUUCAACUUUUUCAUUUGUGUGCUCAUACCCCUUAUUAUAAUGCUCCUAAUCUAUGGCUACAUUUUUAACGUGGUUCGCAAGCAGAAUCAUCAGAUAGCAGCUUUGGAGAUCAAAGAUAGCCCAGCCGAUCAUACCCACAGAAGAGCCUUUAGGCGGGAACUGAAAGCAGCCAAGUCGCUGUCCGUAGUCAUAGGAUUAUUUGCUCUCUCUUGGCUGCCUCUGCACAUCCUCAACACCCUGACUCUCCUGUGCUCGGAGAACUGUAAAUAUCCCUAUGAACUCCUCCUCGCGGCCAUAAUCUUAAGUCAUGCAAAUUCUGCUGUAAACCCAUUUAUUUACGCCUAUACCAACUCGCGACUCCACGGAGCUAUAGCCCAAGUAUUUGGAUGUAAGCACACUGGCAAUUAUACUUCAUCGGAUGAUAUUCCUACUGUCUCCAGAAGAAGUAAUGCAGGGAAUCACUUUAACACAAUCAGGACGCUAUGAAAGAGUCUUUCUCCUUACAAUGCCAAUUUGUGUAUUCCAGUUUAUAUACAUAUCAACAGUGCGGCACUUGAAUUAUUAUGUCGUUCUAUGUUAAAAGUGGCUGUAGUCAGGUGAACUGAUCACUGUGUUGAAAAGAUCUUAUCUCAAUUCCUAAGAGGUACUUUAUUAUAUAUGGUCACAUGUGACUGAGUAGAUAUCAUAAAAGAAAGAUGCUUAUUAAAAAAAACAACACUAUUAUGUGUUGAUCAUGCAUUUCUUAUUUCACAUAAAUAUACAUUUAUCCAUGGAAAGAUUACAAAGAAUUACUGUGAUUGCUGAAAUGCUUACUCAACAUAAACUGAUUGACGUAAAAUAUUUUUGUAUUGAAUGUAUACUUAUUGAAUUGUAUUGACAUCUUUCACUACAUUCCGCGAUAUUUAAUGGAUGUUAUCUUUACUGUAAAUUAUCUAU